AUGCGCCUUGAUAACGACCACUCCAAAUCAUCACAAUCACCAUCGCGGAACUUUGCAAACGGAUCAUCACAGUCAUCAGGGCCUAGGUCACCCCCGAGCAAGGGCGCGAAUGGGAGUACGCACAGCAGGAACGAGAGCAAUGGCUCAUACACGAACGGAGGGCCGGUAGCGAAUGGCGGGACGGUACCUACAACUUUCUUUGGCCAUGACAGGGAAGAAGUGACGCGGAUACUGAUACAGAGCCUGACGGACUUGGGAUACCACAGUGCUGCGGGCGCAUUGUGCAAGGAGAGUGGCUUUCAGCUCGAAGGGCCGACGGUUGCGGCAUUCCGAACCUCGGUAUUGAACGGCGAUUGGGAAGAAGCCGAGGAGUUAUUAUUUGGGUCAAAUACGUAUGAUACUGGGGGAAGUGUUGGUCUGGACGCCCCCUACGGAAAGCCAUGGGGCAAGUCAAGUUCACGGCCAAACUCGCAGCGUUCUGCAGGCUUGACCCUAGCCGAGAGCGCAAACCGCGAGGUUAUGCUGUUCUGUUUGAAGCAGCAAAAGUAUCUGGAGUUACUUGAGCGGAGAGAUCUGAGCAAAGCGCUUGCCGUACUUCGACAAGAACUGACACCGCUUCGUCAAGACGUAGGGAGGUUACAUGCACUUUCAGCACUCAUGAUGUGCCAGUCUGCCGAAGACCUCAGGAACCAAGCUCAAUGGGACGGUGCUCGUGGCGACUCGCGGAUGCAUCUGCUCUCUGAUCUCUCAAAAUCCAUAUCACCAAGUAUCAUGAUCCCGGAACACCGGUUAUCCGUUCUGCUAGACGAGGUAAAGGACAGCUGGAUUGGAAACUGUCUGUAUCACAACACAGCCGCAUCACCCUCUCUUUACCUGGACCACAACUGCGAAAGAGAUGACUUCCCAACAAAGGCUGUACUUGACUUGAGGCAUCACAAGGAUGAGGUGUGGUUCUUGCAGUACUCACAUGACGGCACCAAACUCGCAUCAACAAGCAAGGAUACGACAAUCAUCAUUUACGAAACCAAUACGUACAAAGUGUUACAUCAGCUUGAUGAACACCGGGAAUCUGGUGUCACCCACCUUGCUUGGAGUCCCGAUGACACAAAGAUUGUAACAUGCUGUUCACAACCAGAGAACUCUGCACGGAUAUGGGAUGUCAAGACUGGCGUAUGUAUACAAUGUAUCAGCGACUUCACUUACCCAUGCACGACAGCUACUUGGGAUCCUUCCGGCACACGGGUCAUUAUCGGAUCACAAGAUGAUAGUAUGGGCUGCGGAGUCUGGGAUCUCGACGGCCAACUCAAGCACAACUUCUGCGAUGAAGGAAAGCUCCGGGCGAACGACCUUGCAAUGUCCCCCGACGGCCAGCGAUUAGUCGUUAUAACCGAAAGCUCCAUCGUUGUGUUUGACUUUGCCAGUUACGAAAAGAUUGCGGAAUUCCAGCUCGACGAUGUCAAGUUGACUAGUGUCAUGAUUAGCCAAGAUUCGCGGCAUAUGCUAGUCAGCAUGAGCCCCGAUCAGAUCAAGCUUAUGGAGAUUGAUACUGGUGACGUGGUUCAACGCUUCGAGGCACAUGCUCAGAAGCAAUUCAUCAUCCGAUCAGCAUUUGGCGGCGCCAACGAAAACUUUGUAGUUAGCGGCAGCGAAGACUCACGAAUAUAUAUAUGGCGCUCCAAUGGCCUUCUCAUCGAAGUUCUCGAUGCACAUCCCGGCUGCGUCAAUAGCGUAGCUUGGCACCCCAAGGAUCCCACUACAUUCGCCUCAGCUGGUGAUGAUAUGCGAGUAAAGAUCUGGAAACCAGCCUCGGCGUCCCCAAUGCCAUCGGGCAGUGGAUCGAGUAACGGUUACGGAAGAUAG